CGGCCAGUGUAAUUAGUUCACCAAAUACACCCUAUUGGAAAUGAUGGCCCCUCCCCUAAAAUACAGACGAAACCUUUUGGCCUUUCAGUAUAAAUCAGUCCCCUGCUCUGCACUGCACUGCACUGACCAACUCAGAACUACUUUCCAUGGCCUUAAGAGGGGUAUUUGGGAUGGGUCUGGCCGUGGUCAUAGUCAGCUUGCUUUGGGCAAGAGCCACAGCUCAAUCAGGCUGCACCAGUGUGCUCGUUCGCAUGGCUCCAUGCCUUAACUAUGUCACAGGGAGCUCCUCAACCCCGUCUUCUUCCUGCUGCUCGCAGCUCGCCAGUGUUGUGCAAUCACGUCCACAAUGCCUUUGCUCAGCGCUUAAUGGCGGCGGCAGCGUUGCAGCAUUGGGUGUUACAAUCAACCAGACGCUUGCUCUUGCGCUCCCAAGUGCUUGCAGUGUGCAAACUCCGCCCGUCAGCCGCUGCAACGCUGCUAAUGGACCUGCACCAUUCUCUGUCGAUUCCCCAGUGGGUUCACCUGAAGGUUUACCUGGUAACACUUCAACUAGCUCAUCAGGAUCAGAUACAGGAGGAUCAAAAGCAGUUCCAACGAAUGGGGAGGUAACUCCCAAUGGUGGUAUCAUGGAGACGCCCCUUCAGCUCAUCCUCCCAUUGAUCUUCGUUUCAACAAUUGCAGCAACUUGGGAGUUUUCUUUGGGAUUUCUUGGAGCUUGAACCACCAUUUGACAUUCGAGCUCUUACUUGUUUGCUAGCUAGCUUUACCUGCUCGAUCUAAUGUAAUCUCUUAUAUAAAGUUUGUGUCUUACUCUUCUACAUGUAUACUUUCGCUACCUAAUGUUUCUUCUCCAAGACUUGGCAGCUAUGUGUAAUUCUGUUAAUUACAACAU